AUGACAUGUUUGAUGCUUUACGAUUUACAGGAAACUCAAUUGGCCUCGGAAGCUGUUGCUGAACAACCUCCUGCAAAUAAAGGUGACUUAAACGAUGCCGAGGACGAUGUUAUCAUUGCAACGGAGAUUUUUCUGACUGGAACACCAGACACAGUUUCCGUGCAUAUCGGCAACUUUGCGAUAAGGCAAACUUAUACCGAAAUAAGCGAUAUCCAAAUGGAGACUCAAUUAGCCUCGCAACCUGUUGCUGAACAUUCUCCUGAAAAUAAGGAUGACUCAAAGGAGGCCAAGGAGGACGUUUUCAUUGCAACUGAGCAUCCGCAAAUCUCAGAAACUCCGUCUCAGCCAUUGCAGGCGGCCCCUUCAGAGGAUUCGAUGGAUACAGCUCCAGCUUCAAAUGACAGCCUGACCCCAGCUAAGGAGACUCAGUCAGCCUCACAAGCUGUUGCCGAACAACGUGGGGAAGAUAAAGUUGGCUCAAAGGAAUCUGAGGAUGAAGUUGUCGUUGCAACUGAGGAAACUCAAUUGGCCUCGGAAGCUGUUGCUGAACAACCUCCUGCAAAUAAAGGUGACUUAAACGAUGCCGAGGACGAUGUUAUCAUUGCAACGGAGGAGACUCAAUUAGCCUCGCAACCUGUUGCUGAAUAUCCUCCUGAAAAUGAAGGUGACUCAAAGGAGGCCGAGGAGGACGUUAUCAUUGCAAGUGAGCAUCCGCAAAUCUCAGAAAUUCCGGCCCAGCCAUUACAGGCGACACCUUCAGAGGAUUCGAUAGCUGCAGCUCCAGCAUCAGCUGACAGCCUAACUCCAGCUAAAGUAAGUGAACCAGACGACAUUUAG